GGUUGCGCGGAGGGGGAUGGGUCGAGACUGGUUAGCAUGGAAGAACCUUGAGGGUUCUGAGGCACCAGAGGAUGUCCUUUGACCGCCUUGAUGAGUCACGUGGACUGACGGGGGCGGGGCGGAAAGGCUGGAUAAGUUCCUUCCGGGUCAGUGACAGAAGCGUGGACUCCGCUGAGUAGUUGCUUGUGUCUUGGUCCGCUCCGCGUCUUCCUCGUAUCAACGCGAGGUGAUUGUGGUUUCCACGAUGAGCUCCCAGAAAGGGAACGUGGCUCGUUCCAGGCCUCAGAGGCACCAGAAUACGUUUAGCUUCAAAAAUGACAAGUUUGAUAAGAGUAUUCAUACCAAGAAAAUUAAUGCAAAGCUUCAUGAUGGAGUUUGUCAGCGCUGUAAAGAAGUUCUUGAAUGGCGUGUAAAAUACAGCAAAUAUAAACCAUUGUCAAAGCCUAAAAAAUGUGUUAAAUGUUUACAAAAAGCAGUGAAAGAUUCUUAUCACAUAAUGUGUAGACCAUGUGCCUGUGAACUUGAAGUUUGUGCAAAAUGUGGAAAGAAAGAAGACAUUGUUAUUCCGUUUAAUAAAGAACCAGAAAAGACAGAAAAUCCUGAAAGUAAUCUACGUUCCAACCCUAGAAGUUGCAGAAGAAAUGAAGAAGAAAGUGAUGAUGAUUUAGAUUUUGAUAUUGAUUUAGAUGGCACAGAAGACAAUCAAGGGGAUUAAUAUAUUCAAAGUCAGUUUGAAAACAUGAAAUUCCGAACAACUUUUGACUUUUGAGGGUUUUACACAAAAAUACUGUGAAAUCCUAAUGAGAAAAAUAGCAAAAACCUAUAUAGAAAACAGGCAAAAUUCACACAUGGACUAUAUAACUUAUAUGCAUAAUACUUGGAUAAUUAUGAAACUUUCAUUUAGUGUUUUCUUACAAUACAUUUUUUAAAAAAGUUUUUUAAUGUUUAUUUUUGAGACAGGGAGAGACAGAGCACAAAUUGGGGAGGGCAAAGAGAGAGGGACACACAGAAUCUGAAGCAGACUCCAGGCUCUGAGCUGUCAGAAUAGAGCCCGACACGGGGCUCGAACUCACAAACUAUGAGAUCAUGACCUGAGCUGAAAUCAGACACUUCACCAACUGACUCAGCCACCCAGGUGCCCCUCUUAUAAUACACUUUUAAGUAGCAUAUGCCAGAGUACCUGCCAAAGUGAAUAUUAGGUUAUCAUAUUGCAGUUCAAGGGAAUUAUUUAGAAGAAUGUGCUACCUAAUAUCAAACUAAACAAGAUUCAGAAUUGUUACUUGUGUAAGAACUAUCUCAUGGAAAAAUCAGAUGAUAUAACUAUAGUGCAAGCUUCAAAAAUUGGUCCUCAGCACCUUUUGAUAGAUUGAUCCCAAGUAAAUGGCCCAUGUAACAAAGUCCCUUUACUUAAAGUUUGCUUAUAAAAGACUUGUUAUUUAUUUUUUGUAAUAAGGUUUAAUAAGUGUAUUUAAGCAGUUUUUCUUGAAAGUAUUUUUACAUACUGGAUCACAUUUUUUAACCUUUCUUCUUUUGUGAAAUAUACAUACGGAAAAAAUACAUAAAAUACGUAUGUGUAAUUUAAUAAAUAAUUAUAAGAAAAGUCAUACAUCUGUCAUCCAGAUGAAGAAACUACUUCUAAACAAUAUAAAUUAGUUUUGUCUGAUUUUUAGUCUUUUUUUUAUCUUUUUAUUUUGAAAAAUCUCAAACCCAAGGAAAACAGCAAACUAGUACAAUGAAACCUUGUGUAUUCUUCCCGUAGAUUCACAAUUGAUCGGUUACAUUUUCAUUAUAUCUCAUUAGGUAUUAGAUAAAUAUUUUAUUUCCGGAACCAUUUGAAAAUAAGUGGCAGACAUUGGAUUUGAACUUUAUAUGAACAGACUUAUACAUGCAUGUUAUUUUGUAUCUCUUUAUAAUGAAAUAAAGAACAUGGAUGUGAAAUUGAUCCAUAUUGUUGUAAGAGCUUUAAUUUGUUCAUUUUGCAAUACUGUGUUUUAUUCCAUCGUCUUAACAUACUACAAUUUAUUUAUCCUCUCUAAUGCUGAGGGACAUUUGAGUUAUUUUAAAAUUUUCCUAGUACAAAUAAUACUGCUGUGACCAUUGUUACAUGUGUUUCUUGGUAUAAAUUUCCAUUAGAUGUAUAUUUAGUAGCGGUACAGGCCAUCCAGCUAUGUACGUCUUCAGGAUUACUGUAUAAUGCCAAGCUAUCUUUCCAGAAGAAUUGUUAUCUCCUUUCCCCACAGCAAUCUAUUAGAGUUCCAGUGCUCUGUAUCCUUUUUAACUAACACUUGAUCUUUACAUUUCUGUCAGUUUGAUAAGUGUGUAAUAUGUCUUUGUCUUAUUAAUUUUAUAAUUUAUAUGUAUAUGUAUGCAUGUAUAUGUUACACACACACCCCACAUCUUUUUGUCCAUUCAUCUAUGGAUGAACAUUUAGGUUGCUUCCACAUCUUGGCUAUUGUCAAUAAUACUGCAAUAAACAUAGGGGAGCAUAUAUCUUUUCAAAUUAGUGUUUUGAGUAAAUACCCAGUAGUGGAAUUACUGGAUCAUAUGGUGUUUCUAUUUUUUUAGUUUUUGAGGAAACUUCAUACGGUUGCAUAGUGGUUGCACCAACUGAUGUUCCCAUGAACAGUACACAAGAGUUCCCUUUUCUCCACAUCCUCACCUUGCUGUUUGUCUUUUUGAGGAUAGUCCUUCUGACAGGGUAUGAGAUGAUGUCUCAUUGUGGCUUUGAUUUGCAUCAAAGUCAUGGUGCAUGGUUAAUGAUGUCGAGCAUCUUUUCAUGCGUCUCUUGGCCAUCUGUGUGUCUUCUUUGGAAAAAUGUCUACUCAAACCCUCUUCCCAUUUUUAAUGGAUUUUUUUGUUUAAAAAUAUAAAAUCUUAUUAAAACGUUUUGGAAAAUGGAGACAUAAAUGGAGGAAGAGAAAAAAUAAGUGGAAAGAGAUACCAUAUUCAUGCUGGAGAAAGAGAUACCGUAUUCAUGGUGAGGAAGUCUCAGUAUUCUAAGGUUACAAUUUUGCAGAAAGUUUCCCAUAAUUUUGUGGGGCUUACCUUUUUGCAUACAAAAUUAUUUUCUGGCUGAGGUAACUUUUGUGGUUAAAGAGCCAACUAAAUUAAUUAUUAGACCUAGCAUAAAUUCUUUCCCAUCUGAAUAAGUUAUAAAUCCUCAGAUUACCUUCUUAGGAGAGAAAUUUAACAAAGAGCAUCACCUAGUGACAUAUCCUAAUAUCUGCAUUUCUGUCUUUAGUGGUAAGAAAGGUUUUGCCUUGUUUUUUUUAAGCAAACAUAAAUUUAAUUGUUACAUUUAGUUCAUUUAUAUUGUUUAGGAAGUAUUUUGUACAAUCUAAAAAUUUCUUUUCAUUGGAACUCAGCAUGGGUCUAAAUCCUGCUGUAUCAUUUACUAAGCUGUAUGUCAUGGUACAAACCAGUUAAUCUUUCUGUGCCUUGGUUUUCAUGAGGUUGAUAGAAGGAUUAAAUGCAUUAAUAUGUGAAAUGCCUAGAACCUAUAAGAACACUAUGCAAUUGAUGCUAUUAUUGCUACUGUUUGAUUAUAUGUAUAAAUAAAUUGGUAAUGGAUUAGUAAUUAUUAAUGGAGAAAGCAAUUUAGUUGUUUGCCUACAUUCUGCAAGUUGCAUAUAUAUAAAUAUAAUGUAAUAUAUAUAAAAAUUCCAUGUGUGUGUGUGUGUGUGUAUACAUAUAUAUAUAGACAGAGAGAGAGAGAGAGAGAGAGAAUGCAGAAUGUAUAUAUAUGGAAUCCUGUUAGUUGCAAAUCCAUGUUACCUGGCUUCAGGGUCUGUUUUUUAACUACUGAGCUACUGUACCAGUCUUAAUCACAUUUCAAAAGCAGUUCCAAAGGUAAAUAGAGAAAACUGUAUUAGAUGGAGGACAUGGCAUGAACUUACUUGGUGACUAAAAAGACUUAGAAUAAUGACAAUAUAAUAAUGGCAUUCAUUCGUUCAACAAAUAAUUGUUGAGCACCUAUGUGUGCAGGGCCCUGUUCAAGAUACGUGGGGUACAACAAUGAACAAAACAAAGAUCCUUAUCAUUUCAGAGACGACUUUUUAGUGGGUAGAGACAGACAAUUAGCAAUAAACGUAGGAAGUAAAUUAUAUUAGAAGGUGAAAAGUGCUGUGGGAAAAAAUAAGGAAUGCUUGGGUGAUUGGGACUCUAAGAGCUUGGAUAGCCUAGGGAUGGGUGUACAAGUGAGUGGGAAGUGGGCUAUGAUUUUUAAGUGAGGUGCCCAGAGUGACACAUUAGGGAAGAAUGUCCCAGGCAGAGGAGACAGCCACAAUCUGGCAAGAUUUUGCCAGAUUUGUUCAAGGGACAGCAAGGAAGGAAAGAAAGGAUUAAGUUGGAGAGUCAUAAGCCAUCAGGGAGGUAAUGGAUGGCCCGAUCAUGUGAAACCUGCUUUUGAGAGGUUUCUUUUUUAUCUUUUGUUUUCAGCCAUUUGACUAUGAAAUUUGGUUUGUGCCUUAAGGUUUUCUUAGUUCUUCAAAUCUGUUGGUCAUUGUCCUUAAAUUUGGAAAAAAAUCAGUUUGUAGGUUUUCCUUUCUAAAUUUUUCUUAAUUAUUUUUUUUUAAGUAAGCUCUACACCCAAUGUGGGGCUUGAACUCAAGACCCCAAGAUUAAGAGUCACAUACUCUACUGACUGAGCCAGCUGAGUGCCCCCAGUUUGUAUGUUUUCUGUUAGCCUUUCUUGUCAUUCAUUAAUUCUCUUCUAAAUAAAUAGGAUUAAGGUGUUGAGUGUGCUU